CCCGAGAAGGCCAGCAAACCACCCACAACCACCGCUCCUCAUCUGAGCUCCGUCGAGAAACCAAGCGAGAAUCCAAAAGGUGUCCAAGCUACCAUGGCGAACCACCCAUUCGCCUCCGCCUCAGCCGGGGCGACCUCGAGGUGCGCGGGCGCGGCUCCCAGCACCGGCAAGCUCACCUGCCUCUGCUCGCCGACCAACCACCCGGGCUCCUUCCGCUGCACCCGCCACCGCAACCCGCGGGGGCGACCACAGACAUCGUCGGCCGGCCGCGCGUCGCAGCAGCCUGCUGCACCGGGAGCCAGCGCGACGGUGCGCGUCGAGGGAAUCAUCAGGAGCGGCGCCGGCGGCAGGGCAACCACCAAGGGCCGGUCCGUCCUGCGCGCGCACCUGCUGCGGCUGGUGAGCGCGCCGUCCUCCGCCGGCCGCGACCACCGCCGCUGCCGCGACUUCAUGCCCCGCCCGUCAAGGCUGGGCCGACCCGCGGUGACCGCGUGACCCGGCUGCUCUGCUUCGCGGCCCGUACCAGGGAGCUCACCAGUAGUGGCGGACGGUGCGCCUCUAUUUCGCGCGCACCAACGCAUGGAUCCGUCGUGGCUAGCACAUGAGCUAGGAUCGGGUACUGCUCUGGAGAAUGGAAUCAGUGCUCUUUUUAGUGCUGUGAUGAACUGAUGAUGGUGCUGAUAAAUUGAUAAUUACUAGUACUAGUACUCUGGAUCUGUACACACUUCCUUGUAAUUUUUGCCGAGGAAUGAAAUGGAGCAGUUUGUGUGA